AUGAAUGGCGACCCAAAUAGAAAUAGCAAUGCUAAUAACAACAAUACAUCAAAUAACACAACAAAUGAUGGUUCAUUGGCCAUAAAUACCCUAAACUUACCACACCAAGAUAGUCAAGAUCUACCCAUAACUCCAACAAGUAAAAAGAAUUCAUUUUCAAAUUACUCUACACCAUUUCAAUCACCAAUCAACCCUCAAAAUAAUGUUUUGCAAGUCAAUGGUAGUCAAAUAGAUAUUGAAGAAUUGAUUCAAAGAUUAUUAGAUGCAGGUUAUUCUGGUAAACGUACAAAAAACAUUUGUCUUAAAAACUCAGAGAUUGCUACAAUUUGUGCUAAAGCAAGAGAAAUCUUUUUGUCACAACCACCUCUAUUGGAAUUAUCACCUCCUGUUAAAAUUGUUGGUGAUGUACAUGGUCAAUUUGGUGAUUUGAUUAGAAUGUUUACAAAGUGUGGUUUCCCACCAGCUGCUAAUUACUUAUUCCUUGGUGAUUAUGUUGAUCGAGGUAAACAGUCAUUAGAAACAAUUCUUUUAUUAUUAUGUUAUAAGAUUAAAUACCCAGAAAAUUUUUUCUUGUUAAGAGGUAACCAUGAAUGUGCAAAUGUUACAAGAGUUUACGGAUUCUAUGAUGAAUGUAAACGUCGUUGUAAUAUCAAAACAUGGAAGCUGUUCAUUGAUACUUUCAACACAUUACCUUUAGCUGCAAUUGUUGCUGGUAAGAUUUUCUGUGUUCAUGGAGGAUUAUCCCCAGUUUUAAAUUCAAUGGAUGAAAUUAGAAAUGUUAAUAGACCAACAGAUGUUCCAGAUUUCGGAUUGAUCAAUGAUUUAUUAUGGUCAGAUCCUUCGGAUGCACUAAACGAAUGGGAGGAUAAUGAAAGAGGUGUGUCAUAUUGUUUUAAUAAACUAGCCAUCAAUAAAUUUUUGGCGAGGUUUGGAUUUGAUUUGGUCUGUCGUGCACAUAUGGUUGUUGAAGAUGGUUAUGAAUUCUUCAAUGAUCGUUCUUUGGUCACCGUUUUCAGUGCACCUAAUUAUUGUGGUGAAUUUGAUAAUUGGGGUGCUGUUAUGAGUGUGAGUGAAGAAUUACUAUGUAGUUUUGAACUACUAGAUCCGUUAGAUUCUGUUGCUUUGAAACAAGUUAUGAAAAAGGGUAAGCAUGAGAGAAGAAUUGCCAAUUUAACUGCUCAGGGCCAAACUAGCAAUCAUGGUAGUUUUGCUAACCAUGGUAGUUUCUCAGCCAAUAACCAAUCCCAACAAGAAGACAAUAUCAACUCAAAUAAUCAAUCCACACCAAUCACUGCUUUAUCAUGA